AUGGCUGCUUCAUCUGCAUCUAUGCUUGAGAAUCAGCAGAGUGCUGAUGUGGCUUCUUUUGGGAGUGCUGAUGCUGCUUCUCCCAGAAGGAACCGAAACCGUCCCGGACAUCCAAAUCCGGAUGCUGAGGUUGUUGCGCUUUCUCCUGAAUCUCUGACGGCCAAGAACCGUUUUGUAUGUGAGCUGUGCGACAAGGGCUUUCCAAGGGAACAGAACUUGCAACUGCACAGGAGAGGGCACAAUCUGCCCUGGAAGCUAAAGAAAAACACAAAUCAGGAGGUGCAGAAGAAGGUAUACGUGUGCCCUGAGAUUGGAUGUCCCCACCAUGAUCCAUCAAAAGCUUUGGGAGAUCUCACCGGCAUUAAAAAGCAUUUUGCUCGCAAACACGGUGAGAAACAAUUCAGUUGCAGUAGGUGUCACAAGAGGUAUGCUGUGCUUUGUGACCUCAAAGCGCACGGUAAGAUGUGCGGAACAAAGGAGUAUAAGUGCGAGUGUGGAUUUACCUUCUCUAGGCGUGAUAAUUUUAUCACCCACCGCUCCUUUUGUGAUGUCCUCGCUCAAGAGCUGGCUAGGCACACCGUAAACCCCUCACCCUUGAGCACUGCUGCUUCUAGCGUUCUUGCAAAUGCUGCUAACCCUGCCCCCGUUAGUCAGGGAUCGGCUGAGGGUUUAUUGUUUCAAGCCAACCAUCAGCAAUUCGCGUCUCUUGUGCCGGUUGGAUCUGUGCCGGUCGGAUCUGCUUUCCAGCCCCUGCCCCCAAAUUUCCCUGUUGGUCCAUUUCCGGGGACAAAGCUAGGCUUUCCCAUAGCCUCUGAUUCUUCUGGGAUUCACGGCAUUCCAGCCUACCCUGCACCAACCAACAUGUUUAGUGCUGGUUUCAAUGGUGGUGCUAACAUGGUCACUGCUCAGAAUGACAUGGAUUUCAACAUCCACAACUCAUUCAGUGGUAUGUUGAUGAAUGUGGAGACUUCUGCUUAUAAUGUUCUGAACAGUGCCCCAUUUCCUCAAGCCUCCGCCCCUGCGUAUCUUCACAAGGGUGCACCGACUGCAGGUGAUCCCAACAGUGUCGUCAUGAUGAAGACUAUGGGGGGCUUUUCUGGUGCAAUGAAGUUUGAAAACUACGAGGGAGGUAUGGCAGCUGGAAUGCAUGGUGGUUGGGCAGGUGGUAACAACGGCUUUCAGGAUAUGUACAACGUCAAUCCAAAUGUUGGUGGGGGAUACUUAAGUGAUCAGGUGAAUGCUCCUUAUUAUGGUGGAAUGAUGAUGACUGAUGUGAUGAACUCUGAUGGGAUGUUUGUUGGUGAAUCAAGUAAGAGUGCUGUGGUACAGAUGUCUGUUCAAACUGAGUAUUGUGAUAAGCAUACCAGGGACUUUCUGGGAAUGGGAAACCUGGUGGACAGCUUGACUGGAACUGGAAUGGAGAAUGAUGGCUUUGGAUAUGGAGCUGGAACUGCGACGAAUUCUCCAGACAGUGAAGCCACCAUAUCAGCUGAGGCAGGGCCUUUUGUUCCCCGCCACCCAUCUUUCUAA